AUGCAAUAUGCAACAUGGCCAAUGUGCGCAGCUGCUCGCACUCCCUACACGGGCACCACCACUCAACCAGCGAAUCAUUCAGCUACUUGCACGCCACAAGUCACACUCUGUGACUGCUCAAAGAACACCACCCCUCGUGCCUUGCGAUCCGCCUCCUUUCUGUCACGGGACCCCUCAGCAGGGGGAGGAGCAGCAGCAGGGACAGGGGCUGCAGCAGCAGAGGGUGAUGCAGCGGCUGCUGCUGGUGAAGGGCCAUCGAAGAAAUCAGGAGGAAGGGCAGAGGAUGCAGCAGGAGCAGAGGGAACCGAGGGGGCAGCAGCGGCGGGAGGGGCGGCAUCAAAGAAGCCCGCUGGCAGGCCAGUGGUGCUGGGAGCAGCAGCGGGGGCCGAUGAGGCAGGCGCAGUGGCUCGGGCGGCAGGGGUGGAUGCAGAUGGUCCAGAUGAUUGCCUGACAGGCACCGCGGCUGAUGGUGGGUGCGCUGCUGCUGGAGGGGAGGCUGGUGGGUUGGCAGGCGCGGAGGCAGCAGCACUGGGGGUGGCGGAGGCCACACCCAUCAGCCACACCCACCAGCCACACCCAUCAGCCACACCCAUCAGCCACACCCACCAGCCACACCCACCAGCCACACCCAUCAGCCACACCCACCAGCCACACCCACCAGCCACACCCACCAGCCACACCCACCAGCCACACCCACCAGCCACACCCACCAGCCGCACCCAUCAGCCACACCCACCAGCCACACCCACCAGCCGCACCCAUCAGCCACACCCACCAGCCACACCCACCAGCCACACCCAGCAGCCACACCCAUCAGCCACACCCACCAGCCACACCCACCAGCCGCACCCAUCAGCCACACCCACCAGCCACACCCACCAGCCACACCCACCAGCCACACCCAUCAGCCACACCCACCAGCCACACCCACCAGCCGCACCCACCAGCCACACCCACCAGCCACACCCAUCAGCCACACCCAUCAGCCACACCCAUCAGCCACACCCAUCAGCCACACCCAUCAGCCACACCCAACAGCCACACCCACCAGCCGCACCCAUCAGCCACACCCAUCAGCCACACCCACCAGCCACACCCACCAGCCACACCCACCAGCCACACCCACCAGCCACACCCACCAGCCACACCCACCAGCCGCACCCACCAGCCACACCCACCAGCCCCACCCACCAGCCGCACCCAUCAGCCACACCCAUCAGCCACACCCAUCAGCCACACCCACCAGCCACACCCACCAGCCACACCCAUCAGCCACACCCAUCAGCCACACCCACCAGCCACACCCACCAGCCACACCCAUCAGCCACACCCACCAGCCACACCCACCAGCCACACCCAUCAGCCACACCCACCAGCCACACCCACCAGCCACACCCAUCAGCCACACCCAUCAGCCACACCCACCAGCCACACCCACCAGCCACACCCACCAGCCACACCCACCAGCCACACCCACCAGCCACACCCACCAGCCGCACCCAUCAGCCACACCCACCAGCCACACCCAUCAGCCACACCCACCAGCCACACCCAUCAGCCACACCCACCAGCCACACCCACCAGCCACACCCAUCAGCCACACCCACCAGCCACACCCACCAGCCACACCCACCAGGCACACCCACCAGCCACACCCACCAGCCACACCCACCAGCCGCACCCAUCAGCCACACCCACCAGCCACACCCACCAGCCGCACCCAUCAGCCACACCCACCAGCCACACCCACCAGCCACACCCAGCAGCCACACCCAUCAGCCACACCCACCAGCCACACCCACCAGCCGCACCCAUCAGCCACACCCACCAGCCACACCCACCAGCCACACCCACCAGCCACACCCAUCAGCCACACCCACCAGCCACACCCACCAGCCGCACCCACCAGCCACACCCACCAGCCACACCCAUCAGCCACACCCAUCAGCCACACCCAUCAGCCACACCCAUCAGCCACACCCAUCAGCCACACCCAACAGCCACACCCACCAGCCGCACCCAUCAGCCACACCCAUCAGCCACACCCACCAGCCACACCCACCAGCCACACCCACCAGCCACACCCACCAGCCACACCCACCAGCCACACCCACCAGCCGCACCCACCAGCCACACCCACCAGCCCCACCCACCAGCCGCACCCAUCAGCCACACCCAUCAGCCACACCCAUCAGCCACACCCACCAGCCACACCCACCAGCCACACCCAUCAGCCACACCCAUCAGCCACACCCACCAGCCACACCCACCAGCCACACCCACCAGCCACACCCACCAGCCACACCCACCAGCCACACCCACCAGCCACACCCAUCAGCCACACCCAUCAGCCACACCCACCAGCCACACCCACCAGCCACACCCACCAGCCACACCCACCAGCCACACCCACCAGCCACACCCACCCACCCACCGUAG